UGAAAAUUCAUUCAUUCAUUCAUCAUCAGUGCAAAAACCAAACAGAAUAAGAGAGAAGAGGGAGAAGGAAGGAGAAGAAAUUUGAAGAUUUUAUUUUUCUUCUUGUUCUUCUAUUGCUUAAACAACCCUUCUCUAUCUCUCUCUUCUCAGCUUCUUCUUUGUGGUUGGUAAGAGAUGUUUGGUUUUGAGUGUUUUUGUUGGGAUAGUUUCCCAGAAUUCUUUGACUCUGAUCCACUUCCCUUUUCUUUGCCUUCACCUCUUCCACAAUGGCCACAAGGUGGCGGUUUUGCCGGUGGAAGAAUAUCCCUUGGGAAAAUAGAAGUUACAAAAGUAAACAAGUUUGAGAAAGUUUGGAGAUGCACAAAUUCUAAUGGAAAGGCACUAGGUUUCACAUUUUAUAGACCUUUGGAGAUUCCAGAUGGAUUUUCCUGUCUUGGUUACUACUGCCACUCCAAUGAUCAGCCGUUGCGAGGACACGUUCUUGUCGCUCGGGAGACUACUUCCAAAUCUCAAGCUGAUUGUUCCGAGUCAGAAUCCCCGGCUCUUAAAAAACCACUUAAUUACUCAUUAAUAUGGUGCAUGGACUCACAUGAUGAAUGUGUUUACUUUUGGUUGCCUAACCCUCCAAAGGGUUAUAAAGCCGUUGGCAUAGUAGUUACCACUAAUCCAGAUGAACCAAAAGCUGAAGAAGUUCGAUGCGUGCGAACCGAUCUAACAGAAGUUUGUGAGACAUCUGAUCUCUUACUAACAAUAAAGUCAAAGAAAAAUUCUUUCCAGGUUUGGAAUACACAACCUUGCGAUAGAGGUAUGCUAGCUAGAGGUGUAUCUGUCGGAACAUUCUUCUGUGGCACCUACUUUGAUUCUGAACAAGUAGUUGAUGUUGUGUGUUUGAAGAAUCUUGAUUCUUUGUUGCAUGCAAUGCCGAAUCUGAACCAGAUUCAUGCUCUUAUUGAGCAUUACGGGCCAACGGUAUAUUUUCAUCCUGAUGAGAAAUACAUGCCAUCAUCGGUGUCGUGGUUUUUCAAGAAUGGAGCAAUUUUGUAUACUGCGGGUAAUGCAAAGGGUAAAGCUAUAGACUAUCACGGCACAAAUUUACCUGGUGGAGGAUAUAAUGAUGGUGCGUUUUGGAUUGAUUUGCCUACCGAUGAAGAUGCAAGAAGUAAUCUUAAGAAGGGAAACAUAGAGAGUGCAGAACUCUAUGUUCAUGUAAAACCAGCAUUAGGAGGAGCCUUUACUGAUAUUGCAAUGUGGGUUUUUUGCCCAUUCAAUGGACCUGCAACCCUUAAAGUAUCAUUGAUGAACAUUGAGAUGAACAAGAUAGGCGAACAUGUCGGUGAUUGGGAGCACUUCACCCUUCGCGUGAGCAACUUCACCGGAGAGCUUUGGUCUGUUUUUUUCUCUGAGCACAGUGGAGGUAAAUGGGUUAAUGCAUUCGAUUUGGAGUUUAUUAAGGAGAAUAAACCAAUAGUUUAUUCAUCAAGACAUGGGCAUGCUAGCUACCCUCAUGCAGGGACUUACCUUCAGGGAUCAUCCAAACUUGGAAUAGGAGUUCGCAACGAUGCUGCUAAAAGUAAUUUUAUUCUGGAUUCGAGCUUUAGAUACAAGAUUGUUGCUGCCGAGUAUCUUGGUGAUGGAGUCAUUACAGAACCAUGUUGGUUGCAAUAUAUGAGAGAGUGGGGUCCUACCAUUGUAUAUGAUUCACGUUCUGAAAUAGAGAAGAUAAUAGACAUGCUACCAAUAUUUGUUAGGUUUUCUGUGGAGAACCUUUUUGAAUUAUUUCCAACAGAGCUUUCUGGUGAGGAGGGGCCAACUGGUCCAAAGGAGAAGGACAAUUGGCUAGGUGAUGAAUAUUGCUAGUCAUGCAUUAUGCUAUUAGCCAUUUCUCUUGAGCUGGAUCCAAUCAUUCUUAUGGUAAAGGAUUAAGACAUCAUCUGUAUGUCCUAAUAACGGUAUAUUUUCGGAUUUUGAUUUGGUGUUGUCACAAAUUUACGCAUUCACGCAGUCGGCACGUCACUGGCCAUUGGAUCGAGAUCAGACGGUGCAGAAAGCGAACAGAUUUCGAUUUUUGUUUACUCUAAAAUUCCAAACUUGAAAUCUGGUCCAUCCAAUCUAGAUCCAACGGCCACCAAUGUGUUGACUGUGUGAAUGUGUGGGAUUUGCGACUCCAGUCUCCAGGCAAUCCAAAUUCUUUUGUUUUCAGUGUGUCACUGAUGGUCGAUGUGACCAAGAUAUCAUCACCAUGUAUAAACUGUAUGUAUAGAAGGUGUAUAGGAUAGUAGUUACUUAUAGCUUUCUUGGUUCACACGAAAAACAAUAUAUAUAGCUCCGAUGUUUGAGUUGGUUAAAAAGAACAUGUAUAAUUACACAAAAACUUAGAACAUGUACAAGGUAGGGCUAUUGGUAGCAUAUACAUUUGUGGUCUCUUUGUAAGAUAAUAUUAUUGAUAGAGGUUGAUGGGAGACAUGAAUGUUUUCAUUCGUAUUGCUUGUAAUGGAAUAGGAAUGUGCUUGGUUCAGUGUUGUUA